AUGGAGCUGGAGGAUGAGGAUGGAGAAGGAGCCAUGGAGGACAGAGCAGGAGGGAUGAGGAUGGAGCGGGGGGAUGAAGGACAGGCUGGAAUGAUGGAGCCGGAGGAUGAGGAUGGAGCGGGAGCGCUGCAGGACGCGGGCCCGGCUCUCGGCAGCCGCCACCGCCCGGGGCUCCGGGCCCGGCACAGCCGGGGGGCACCGCCCCCGCCGAUGCCGGCCAAGGAGGAGGCCCGUCCCCCCCCCGAGGGGGCCAGCUGCGACCCCGGCCCCCUGCCGCCGCCCCCCGGCUCUCCCUGCCGGCCCCCUCGCGGACCCCUGGACACCCGCAUCGUCAUGGGGAGAGACCCGCUGCCCGCCCCCGAGCCCCGGGGCCCCCAGUGCCUUGCCCCUUCCCCGCGCCCCAAAGAGCCCCUCCCGGGCCGCCCCCCCGCGCUGGACCCCGAGCUGUUCUUCACGGCCCCCUCGACGCCGGUGCGGGCGGGGGGGGCCCCGCCCCCCCCCGAGGAAGCCACGGACGGGGACAGCGAGGGGCUGUGCUCGCCCCCCACCUCCCCCUCGGGCUCCUACAUGACGGCCGAGGGCGGCAGCUGGGGGUCCUCGGGCACCGCCAGCACCUCCCCCUCCUGCUCCCCCAACCUGGCGGCCGAGGCCGAAGGGCUGGGGGACCCCGAGGGGGACCCCGAGGGCCUGGGGGGGGCCCUGCUGCUGCCCCCCGGCCUGGGGGACCCCCCGGCCUUCCCCCCGCUGUCCCCCGAGGAGGAGGAUGAGGAGGAUGAGGACGGCUCCUUUGCCCCCCCGGGCUGUGAGGAUGAUGAGGAUGACGAGGACGGGCAGACGCCGGAGGAGGAUGAAGAGGAGGAUGAAGAUGAGGUGUCGGGGCUGAUCCCAGCGGCGCUGCUGCCGUUCCGGGGCAGCCUCCUGUUCCAGGCCGAGGCCGUGGAGAUCUCCCCCCGGGCCCCGCCCCGGGACCGGGACGGGCAGGAGGAGGAGGAGGAGGAGGACGAGGACGAAGGCAGCACCUCGGCCUCGUUCCUGCGCUCGCUGUCCGAGAGCUCCAUCCCCGAGGGGGGGGACGAGGCCUUCGCCUUCCGCGACGACACCGACGCCUCGUCCGACUCGGCCGCCUACGACGGGGACGAGGACGAGCGGCUCUACGGCACCGAGCGCCACGCGGGGGGCACGGCCACCCCCCCGGGCACCCCCACCGCUCCCACGGCCACCCCCGGCGUCGAGCUCCACCUUCACGCUGGGUCCCCGUGUCACCCCCCCGGAGAGGGGAUGGGCCCCGGGUCCGUAGGGACCCCCCCAGGACCGCCCAAAGGGGACACGGAGCUGGACGGCCACGCCUUUGUCCCCGUGGGGGGAGUGGCCCCCCCUGGAGCCCCCCGAGGAGGUGACAGAAAGUUCUGGAGUGGCAGUGCUGGGACAAGGACCUUGCCCAGAGCCAGCACUGACAGUCGGUGUCCCCCGGCCCCCCGGGCUCUGCACCAGGGACCCCCAGAGCCACCGGCUGGGGUGGGCCAGUGGAGAGCCCCGAGACAGCCCUGGGGUGACAACAACGGUGACAGUGACCUUGAGCUCAGCACAGGGAGAGCAGGGAGCACCGAUGGCCAUGGAGAGCUGCACACUGAGGCCACCGGCCCGGGGACGUCGGUGACACCAACCCCCCUGGAUGAGACGGACACUGCGGCCACCGAGGAGGUGACACUGGGGACACCUGGCCUGAUGGACACUGCAGAGCUUGACCUGGGGACAUCAGGGAUGCCUGGGCUGGACACUGACCUGGAGACACUGGUGACCCCCAGCCCGAUGGACGCCGUGGACAAUGACCUGGUGACACCUGUGGCACCGAUCCCCCUGGAUGAGAUGGACACUGUGGUCACCAGCCCAGUGACACCCAGCCCACCUGCCCUGCCAGACACAGCAGCCACUGACCUGGGGACACCAGUGACACCCAGCCUACCAGACACUGCAGCCACUGACCUGGGGACACUGGUGACACAGGUGACACCCAGCCCGCCAGACACUGCAGCCACUGACCUGGGGACACUGGUGACACCCAGCCUACCAGACACUGCAGCCACUGACCUGGGGACACUGGUGACACAGGUGACACCCAGCCCCUUGGAUGAGCUGGACACUGCAGCCACUGACCUGGGGACACCGGUGACACAGGUGACACCCAGCCCUCCAGACACAGCAGCCACUGACCUGGGGACACUAGUGACACCCAGCCCCUUGGAUGAGCUGGACGCUGCAGCCACUGACCAGGGGACACCGGUGUCACCCAGCCCAGCGGACACUGCAGCUGCUGACAUGGUGACACCCAGCCCCUUGGAUGAACUGGACACUGUGGCCACUGACCUGGUGACACCAACCCCUCUGGAUGAGCCGGACACUGCAGGCACCUCAGUGGUGACACCAGCAACACCUGGCCUGAUGGACAGCACGGCCACCAACCUGGUGACACCGGUGACACCAACCCCACUGGACGAGAUGGGCGCUGCGGACGCUGACCUGGUGACAGUGAGCCCCCCAGCUGAGCUGAACACAGUGCCCACCACCUUGAUGAUGCCAACCCCACUGGACACCGUGGCCACUGACCUGGUGACACCAGUGACCCCCAGCCUGCUGGACAAGAUGGACACUGAUCUGGUGACACCAGUGACAUCCACCCUGAAGGAUGCUGUGGUCACUGAUGUGGUGACAUCAGUGACACCCACCCUGAUGGACGCUGUGGCCACCGACCCGGUGACACCAACCCCGCUGGAUCAGAUGGACGCUGCAGCCACUGCCCCAGUGACACCAGUGACCUGCAGCCUGAUGGACACCAGGGACACCGAGCCGGUGACACCGGUGACACCACCCCUGCUGGAUGACACGGCCACUGACCCGGUGACCUCCAGCCCGAUGGCCACCACGGGCACUGCCCCGGUGACCCCGAGCCCCCAGCCCGUGUCCCCUGUGGUGCUGGCAGCUGAGGUGGCCCCAUCCCACGAGCCCCCAGCUGCCCUCCCGUGUCCCCUGUCACAGGGGUCACUGUCACAGCCCCCCAGGGAGGUCCCUGAGCCCCCCAGGGAGGUCCCUGAGCCCCCCAGGGAGGUCCCUGAGCCCCCCGAGGUGGGGAGGGACGUGGCCACCGCCUCGUCCGAGGGCUCAUCCCCGGAGCUGCCGGAUGUGUCUCGCUCCUGCACCGCCUCCAGCUUCGACAGCGCCAGGGAGGACCCCCCUGGCCCCCCCGGGGAGCCAUCGGAGGAGGAGGAAGAGGAGGAGGAGGAUGAGGGUCCCGCCCCUGCAGCCCCCCUGCAGCUGUUCACGGCCUCAGAGCGGGAGGUGUUUGUGGGGGCCCCCCCCGAACUGCUCCCACCACCCGGUGCCUUUUCAGGGCACGGGGCUGGCCCGGGGGUCUCUGCCCUGCCCCGGGGAGCCCUCGGGGACCUUCCCCUGCCCCUGCAGGAGCCCCCCACCCCCCGGCCGGGCCCUGAGCCCCCGGCCCCACUGAAGGGGGCACCGAUCUCCCCCAGCUCCCCUGAGCAGCAUCAGGAAGAGGAGGUGGUGGGAGGGGUCUCCUCCAGCCCCCUGCUCGCUGUGGGGGCUCAGCAGGUCCCCCUCCAGGAGCCGACUGCCCCCGAGCCCCCUGCCCUGUGCCCCCAAACUCAGCCAAGAAGCAUCUCGAAGGUUUUGUACUAUCCACCCCCCUGGGGGUACUUCUUGGCACCAGGGGGGCACCCGAGGAGUGGAGGUGCCUUCGGGGUGGUCCCGGGGUGGGUGAUGGGGGUGAGCAGGGGGGUUGACCCCCAAAGGAGUUUUGGGGCCCCCUUGGCUCUGCCCCCCUUGGCUCAGCCCCUGUCCCCGCAGCCCCCCAGCCCCCCGCAGAAGGAGCCAGAGCCGCGGGGCCGAGCAGUGGGGCUGGGGGCGGGAGGCCGGGCCCCGGGGUCUCUGCAGUCGGAGUCGAGCUCGUCCAGCGAGGCUGAGACCCCCCGGGCCGAGCCGGCCCCCCCGGCCCCCCAGCGCUGCCAGCCCAACCACCGAGGGUCCGGGAAUGAAUCCGAGAGCAACGACGAGUCCAUCCCGGAGCUGGAGGAGCCCGAGGGCUCAGAGCUGCCCCCCGCCCAGCCCCAGGUGCCCCUGGGCCACGCGCUGGGCCCCGGGGAGGAGCCGCUGAGCAAGGCCAAGCAGAGCCGGAGCGAGAAGAAGGCCCGGAAGGCCAUGUCCAAGCUGGGGCUGCGGCAGAUCCACGGCGUCACCCGCAUCACCAUCCGCAAGUCCAAGAACAUCCUGUUCGUCAUCUCCAAGCCCGACGUGUUCAAGAGCCCCGCCUCCGACAUCUACAUCGUCUUUGGGGAGGCCAAGAUCGAGGACCUGUCCCAGCAAGUGCACAAAGCGGCAGCAGAGAAGUUCAAGGUGCCGCUGGAACACUCGGCCCUGGUCACGGACGCCACCCCUGCCCUCGCCAUCAAGGAGGAGAGCGAGGAGGAGGAGGAGGUGGACGAGACGGGGCUGGAGGUGCGGGACAUCGAGCUGGUGAUGGCCCAGGCCAACGUGUCCCGCCCCAAAGCCGUGCGGGCCCUGCGGCACAACAACAACGACAUCGUCAACGCCAUCAUGGAGCUGACCAUGUAGCGCCGGGGCUGGCCCGGCCCCCUGUAGAGAUGCACAGAGACCCCCCAGAUCCUUCCUCCUGCCCCCAGCCCCCUCCUCCUCCCCUGGACCGCUCAAUAAAGGCCUCCUGCACUCCUUGGAUCGCA